AUGGUUGAUGGUAAACCUAUUAACCUUGGUCUUUGGGAUACCGCUGGUCAAGAAGAUUAUGACCGAUUGCGACCACUUUCAUAUCCUCAAACUGAUGUCUUUUUGAUUUGUUUCUCGUUGGUCAGUCCUUCUUCGUUUGAAAAUGUUAGAAGCAAGUGGUAUCCCGAAAUUACCCACCAUGCUCCAAAUAUUCCAAUCAUUCUAGUUGGUACAAAAUUGGAUCUUCGAGAAGACAAGGACACUAUCAAUAAAUUACGUCAAAAAUCUCAAUUACCCAUCUCAUAUCCUCAAGGACUUCAAAUGGCAAAAGAUAUUGCAGCUGUUAGAUAUCUCGAGUGUUCUGCAUUAACUCAAAAAGGUUUAAAGAAUGUAUUCGAUGAAGCUAUUCGUGCUGUUCUUUGUCCUGCUCCAAUACAAAGACGCAAGAAAAAUUGCAUUAUUUUAUAA